AUGGCCGUAUCACACGAAUUCGCUAAUCUCCCAAGCACCAUUUUUGAUCAAACUGACAACGGUGACUUGGAUGUCAGUGAGGAAAUGGAAGAAAUUCGUGAACUGCUCUAUGAACUCGUCAAAACCAAUUUCCCUUCUGGUGUAACGGUCGAAUAUUUGGCGAAAGUUUAUAAAGAGAGUUAUGAAAGUAGCGGUAUGGGUCCGCCAUUACCCAAUGACUGGCUAGACCAUAUUCGUGUAGCUGAGGAAUUCGAGGUAGUGAAUCGAGGACCGAUUGUCAUGGUAUACACUCGACAACGCAAUGCACCACCGCUUAAAGCCGACCAAUCACCCAUCAAUCCACUGAGUAAUCGACAUCACUUCUAUUUGCUUAUUCACAAUUCUUAUUCAUUUUGCAUUGACAUAUAUAACAGUAUAAUGUUCUCAGAUAUAUCGAGAGGAGCUGGGAUAGCUGAGAAACGUGAUAGAGUGCGUAUUCGAUUGACUGACAAAGAAUUGGCACAGCAGAUGAAAUCGAUAUUGGUAUAUUCACCGGUGAGUACUGGAUGCACGGUGAGUGUUGUGGUUGUGGGUUACGAUGAUAUGAAUUCAAUCACGAUACAGUUGACCAGUUCAAGAACUGAUUUCGAGCAGUUGAGAGCCAAUAUGGAUGCGCAUUACACUGAUCAACAGUCUGGUGAGGCUGUUCAAGAACCUGAAGUUGGUGGCGUUUAUGCGGUUAGGGACACAGAUCUGCACUGGUACCGCGCUUUAUUGCAGGUGUCAACAAUGGAUACGAUGUGUUGUUUGCUGAUGGAUAUCGGUCGUGAGAUCUCAGUGGAUCGUAAAGAGCUGAUGCAUUUAAGUCCUGGAUUUGCAUUGCCAUUCACGUACCCAAUCUACGGAAUCAGUGUGAAACUUGAUGGUAUUAACGAUACAACUUCGUCGAUGUGUGCCAUUCGUUCGGCUUUUCACACACAACAACCACUGCUCUUGAGAUUUGAAACGAUGGAUAGCAAACUGUCUGGCACCCACACAGUGCAGUGUGCAGUGUGCACGUCAGCUGAGGACAGUUCGGGGGGUAGCAGCGCGACAUCGCUGUUGAAUCGUAAGCAUAGUUCACAAACAUCAUUCGGUGUGUCAUGUGAAGGUGGUGAUAUGGUUGAUUUGGUGCCGAUGGAGCUGAGUGAAAUGCCAAAAAAUAGAUUUGCCGUUCACGUGCUUGCCGUUUUCGAUGUGGCGAAUAUUAGCAUAAGACAACGUUCUUUGGAUCCGAUUCCGGACUACAUCGCGAGUGCAGUGGAACGAGAUAGUAAGGCACAGCAGUCAGCACCACUCUUCGUGGAACUGGUUGCGGGUCGAUGCUAUGCGGCGAGGAUGAACGAAGAUUCGAACUGGGAACGUGUACAGUUGCUGGGACCGAGCAGUGUGGACGCGGACUGCUUCCGAGUCUAUUCGUUGGACGUCGGCGCGUUCGGCAUUGUCAGACGACAUAACUUCCGUUUUCUACGAGUACCGUUUGGCUUGAGAAAGGUUUUGCUGGCUAAAUGCAAGAUCGGUGGAAUAAAACCGAAAGACGGAAGUGACGUGUGGAGUUGUGAGUGUCAAACGGCGUUGUGUGAGAUGAUCGGCAGUGCGAAUCUGGUGGAAGUAGAGCCAUUGGGCGAAUGGAUUGAAUAUCCGGAAGAGAACUGUCCCAAAAUACCGUUUGUUGCAGUCAAGUUGUAUGCGGACGGUAAGGAUAUAGCACAUCAGUUGAUUGCAAAAGGGUUGGCGCUGCGUAUCUGA